UGUCACAGGGAGGUAGUAGGCUCAUGGCCUGAUGUAAUUGAAAACUCAGAUUUGGUUUUAUUUUUUGCACCUUCAGUCACAUUUCUAUUUCCUUUGUUUUUGCAAGCAGUUUCACAAAAUGUAUGCUUUGUUUUCCAAGCAGACUGAGCUGAUGGUGCAGUUAUAGGGUUAUAGAGAAGGAAUUUCUCAGCUUGUACUUUUUGUUUCUUCCUGAAGUUCUUUUCCUUUUGGUUCAGGGUGUUAAAACCUACGUCAGAUUACUUCUACCUGUCUCUACCCUUCAGGGAAAAAAUACAUUCUUCAAGCUGCAUGACUUAGUUUCAUUUCUGAUUUAACCAAACCUCACACACAGCAAAACAUGCCAGCAUCAAUCUAGAGACAGGUAUGACCCAAUCACAAUGGCAUGACACACAUACACCCUUAUACCACCCUUCUUAGGUAGGGAAGCAUUGUUAUUCCCAGUUUACUGACAGGGAGACAAGGUCCAAGGGAACUAAAUUAUUUGCCACAAAUCAUCCAGACUUUUUGGAAUAUAGCUAGAAAAUGACUCCCAGGCUCCUUGGUACAUCCAGAUUUGUAACCCCUAGACACAGUAUAUAUGACAGCCUGCCUUUAUAAUGUGCAGGUAUGACAUCUUUUUAAAUAUAUAAAAAUACAUACAAACACACACAUAUAUAUAUAACCAGAUGAACAUUUAACAUAAAUAUUGAUAAUAAACAUAUUUCUUCAUGUAAAGGAUUAUGAUAACAAUUUUUAAAAAACAGGUUUUGUGAAUAGCGCAGAAACAUUUCAGUCAAAAAAGCCUUGAGAGGGUGAGUUUAAGGAUGGGAAACAAUGUCUCUGACUAGAUAUUUUUCAUUCUAAAGCAAAAUGGAACAGUUAUCUGUUUUCACAGAGAUAACAUUUUGAAAUAUGUUAAAUAUUUUCCUAUGGCCAUUAUCAGGGAGAGUGUGGUCAUGGUAAAUUGGUAAAAAUACUGUGGUUCCAGUGUGGAGAAUGGUAAAAUAUGGCUCUGUUAAUUUCUCAAUCAGAGAAAUUAAAAAAUUAAAAAUUAAAAUCCACACUUGCUUUGAAUCAACUAACCACACUGAUGCAAUUUAUUAAAAAAAGUGCUUCAUUACACCAGCCUGAUUUGAAGUUCUUCUACACUUUGUGCACAGCCACAUUCAUGAUGCCACACUGCAACAUUACAGGGAUAUUGCUGGGAGGAGAACAUAGUGCAGUGAACACAAAGAUACUGUUUUAAUACAGAAACCUGUAUAUGAAAGCCACUACUGAGGAUCUAACUUUAAAUAGCCUGUACCUUCCUUUUACUGUGAACGUAGCAGCCUGCUUUCAUCAGGCUAUAAAUUUACUUAACAGGUUAUGAUUAUUAUUGAUUUGAUGGUGAUUACUCUCAAAUUUAUGCUGUUGAGGAACUGACCCAAUAUCUUUUGAACUCCAUUUAACUAAGAUCAAUGACAAAUGGAUCAGGCCCCUGAGUACAGAGAACUGCAGGAAAAAUAGGGUGGCAUUAUGCUUUAUUGGUUUUCUCCCUACCAUAAUGGUACAAUUAUAAACAAGGAAACCCCAUGCCUUACAGCCCUUUCCUCCCUCUUUUCUUUUUUUUCAGAUCAUUUACUCAUCUCCCUGUAAAAGUAAUCCCAUCCCAUGCAUUUGAAGGACUUCAAGAUGCCUUCAUCAUUGAAAUCUCUCAGAGCGACUCCCUGGAGAGAAUAGAAGCGAGUGCCUUUGACAGCCUUCCCACCUUGUCUGAAAUAUUAAUCCUGAACACAAAAAAUCUGUUGCACAUUGAGGACGGAGCGUUCAGGAAUCUUCCAAGGCUAAAAUACUUGAGCAUUUGUAACACUGGAAUAAGACAAUUUCCAGACUUGACACAAAUCUUCUCACUGGAAGCUCAUUUUAUUUUGGAGCUCUGUGAUAACUUGCGUAUGACAAUUAUACCACAAAAUGCUUUCCAAGGGAUGAACAAUGAAUCACUGACACUCAAGUUGUAUAAAAAUGGAUUUGAAGAUAUCCACAGCCAUGCCUUCAAUGGGACAAAGCUGAAUCAAUUAAUCCUGAAAGACAACAAGAACCUCAGGCGGAUACACAACGAUGCCCUGAGAGGGGCCACAGGGCCAGAUGUCCUGGAUAUUUCUUCAACAGCGCUGGAGUCCCUGCCUAGUUACGGGCUUGAGGCCAUUCAGGUCUUAAAUGCAACGUCAUCUUACUCAUUAAAGAGGCUGCCACCACUGGAUAAAUUCAGCAGUCUUCUGGAAGCUGUCCUAACAUAUCCCAGCCACUGCUGUGCUUUUCGAAAUCUAAGGACAGAAAAACAGAAUUUGUUGCUUUCCAUUUUUGACAACUUCUCCAAGGAGUGUGAAAGCACCAUGAGGAAACCUACUAAUGAAAUGCUAGAGGACUCCAACAACACAUUGCUGUGGUCUGUGGAGAGGAACACUCACCCCUUUGUGACAGAUGAUGAAAGUUCUCCCUACAGCUACUCAACCAUUUUCGAUGACAGCGAAAUGGCCGGCUUUGACUUUGAGUACGACUUUUGUCAGCCUAAAGUCCUCACGUGCACUCCAGAACCAGAUGCCUUUAAUCCCUGCGAAGACAUCCUGGGAUACAGCUUCCUCAGAGUGCUGAUCUGGUUUAUAAAUAUCCUUGCCAUCGCCGGCAAUUUCACCGUGCUCCUCGUUCUCCUGACCAGCCACUACAAGCUCACCGUCCCUCGCUUCCUCAUGUGCAACCUCUCCUUCGCCGACUUCUGCAUGGGGCUGUACCUCCUGCUCAUCGCCUCCGUGGACGCCCAGACCAGCGGGCAGUACUACAACCACGCCAUCGACUGGCAGACGGGCAGCGGCUGCAGCACCGCCGGGUUCUUCACGGUGUUUGCCAGCGAGCUGUCGGUGUACACGCUGACGGUGAUCACCGUGGAGCGCUGGCACACCAUCACCUACGCCAUGCAGCUGGACCGCAAGCUGCGGCUGCGGCACGCCGUGCCCAUCAUGCUCGGGGGCUGGCUGUUCUCCAUCGGGAUAGCCGUGCUGCCUCUCUUCGGGGUCAGCAGCUACAUGAAGGUCAGCAUCUGUUUGCCCAUGGAUAUCGAAACGGGCCUGUCCCAAGCCUACAUCCUGCUGAUCUUGGUGCUGAAUGUUGUCGCCUUCGUUGUCAUUUGUGCUUGCUACAUCAAGAUUUACAUCGCCGUGCAGAACCCGGAGCUGGUAGCUGCCAAUAAAGACACCAAGGUAGCCAAGAGAAUGGCAAUUCUGAUCUUCACGGAUUUCACCUGCAUGGCCCCCAUCUCUUUUUUUGCCAUAUCCGCUGCCUUCAAAGUUCCUCUCAUCACAGUGACCAACUCCAAGAUCCUGCUGGUUUUAUUUUACCCCGUCAACUCCUGCGCAAACCCCUUUCUCUAUGCGAUUUUCACCAAAGCAUUUCGGAGGGAUUUCUUUCUGCUGAUGAGCAAGCUUGGUUGCUGCAAGAGCCGAGCAGAGCUCUACAGGAUGAACUAUUUCUCUGCUUAUAACUCCAACUGCAAGAAUGGCGGCGCAGCCACAGCCCCCAGCAAAGCCUCUCAAGCAAUCCUGCUCUUGUCAGCCUUAGAGAAGCCCUAUCCUGCACCACGGGACAAGACAUCUCACAAGGAAAAUUAACCCGGAGUGCCAAGAGAUGCAGCACUUUGCAAAGCCAGUUGUGAUUAUCUUAGUGACUAGGGAUUGUUUAAGACUAUCUUGAACAUUUCAUAAUAAAUAAAAAUGCCAGUCAGUAACUCUUAUGCAACAUAACUGUUCUGAAGUUCAAAGUGGUGUUUUUCAUUCUCUUCCUUUGUGGUGAUAGGUGUGGAAGGUGGCUAUUAGGCAAAACUUCUCUGUGUGAGGAACCAGAAGAGUCCAGGAGUAGUCAAGUUACUCUUGAGGCUAACAGCUACUGCAGUGAUUGUAGCCGGGCUUCUUUUUCUCCAGAUCGGCUUCCCUGGAGUAUUUAAAGCCUGUUUGCUACCUUUCAUGGCUUCUUUUUUCAUUCCUAUCAGCUGUGCUGGCAUUGUUGGUUUAAAGAAAGAGGCACUAAACUAGCUGCCUCCAUUUCAUCAACAGAAACUUCCAAUUACACAGCCACCUACACACAGUUAAAGAAGAGCGUUCAAGCGAUAGGCUGUAAAGAUGUCACCAAGGAGGAGAGUUGAUCUAUUGAACUUUUGUCACUGGCAAUUUUGCAGUUUACAUUCAAUCUCAGGCUGAGCUGGUGGGCAGUUUACUUAAAUUAUUAACCCAUACACGGCCAUGUUGGUCUGGAAAGCACAAAAGAUGCAAAACCCCCACUGCUGCAAACAGGACUCAAUUUAGGGCAUCUAAACAUCAUUUAGCAUCAUUUGUGCACACACACAAAUCAGGUAAACUGUAAAGGCUCCCUCUCAGCAGCAGGAGAGCUGCUUCCUGCACAGGCAAGGAAGUGCCACCUUGUUUUCCUCCUGGAACAGUCUCAGGAAUGAUUUCCACCUGUCCACUCUCUGACAUCACCGGGGCCAGUGGCACUCAGGAAUGCACCAGGGCCUCUUCAGCACACACAAUCCAACUCUAUCCCCAGGUGAUGAAGCAGGGUAGCAGAGUAGCUACCUUUUUGUGACAACAUUCUCCCAUUAAAAUCUCCCUUUCACUAUGCAUUGCCUGAUACUAAGUGAUCACACUAAAUGCCUGGUCCAGAUUUGUGACUGCACUGCUAAUUUAAGUAAGUGCAGAGUCUCAUACAUAAGAGAACAGUACUAUUGCAAUCACUUUAAACCUUUCAUAUUCUCCUUUUCAGCUGACUCCUUUGCUUUCAAGUCUGUGACAGCAACUGAGUUCCAAAGCCCUCCUCUUGUUGCCAAAACACUGCACUGCAAGCUAAAUUUGCUUCACGUUAAUGAAAGCAAAUCUUUGUACUAGUGACUGCUCUAUCAUUAGUUCAUAAUUGUGAUAAUUAGAAAUAACAUCUCUGACCCACUCUUACCUUCAGCAUAAUGCCAUGAUUUCCAUCAGUACAAAAGCUCUGGAUGUAAGCACAGCUGUGCUCAUGAGCAGUUCCCACAGGACUGGAAUGAAGCAGAACUGAGAACAGGAGACUCUUAAAACUCUGUGGUUUAGCAAUCACAACAAAUUCCCUAGGAUGCACCUCUUUACAUACACCAGCUCCUGAGCUUAGCCAAUGAUCAAAUAGGACUAUGAUAGGAUAUUUAACUAUAAUACAAACCAAAGGUACUGGUGUGAAAAAAUAGCUACUGGGCCUAAAACUUCUCUGUCACCUAUCCCAAAACUUAUUUUUGAGACUUAGUUCUUCUGACAUCCCAUAGAAGAGUCCUGCACAUGAUUUAGGACAUGACAGCACAAUAUCUUAAGUGAGCAAUAACUGAUUUGCUUGCAUCAUGUUUCAACAGGACAAGAGCUUGUCAGCACACCCUCCCCACCACAUAACAUGGUCAGGAAGCUACAGGCAAGGGAGAUGAGUUAGGAUUAACAACUGAUAGCAUCUGCCCUACAGCUGCAGAGGUAACAGCCAAGCAGCAAGAGUCUCUAUGGGCAUUUUUCUUUUUGUACCUGCUGUAAGUGGAGUGAAAUCCACCAUUUAAAAAAUUGCUGUUAAAAGAGAAAAAAAAAUAAAAUUACAAAAACAUCAAA